UUUCAUUAAAGUUCUAACGCUUUUCUUCACUUUGAAUGGGGUUUCCUACUAUUUUAUUUCAUUGGUUUUCCGAUUUCUUGUUCAAGAAACUCUUUUUUUAACUUCAAUUUUUUCCUGACAUGAUUCUUUGCCAAGCAAGUUAAUUUUUAAAGAAAAACAUUUUUAAUGCAAAAUAUAUAAACACGAGGCGAUAAGUUAUACAAAUUUGUAAAACUCAAGAGAUUCCGUAUUUAAUACUAUUACUUUAAGUAUGGGAUCUUUUCGUAGUCAAAGUUUCAGACUUUUCGUGGGCCUCAAGAGCUCCUGUGACUUGUUCAUUUACAAUAACCGUAGUGACCACUGUUCCAACCUUUGCCUUCUGCCUUUUGGCUUUAGCUUCACGUUAAAGUUGAUUGCGGAUGCUUAAAAGCUUGAAGGUAUUACUCCAGUUUUCAAUCCAUGGUGAAGCAAAAAAUAUGAGUUGACUUGAUGUUUUCUUUCAUUCUCCAAUUGUCAAUCCCCGGAGUCCUUUUCGGACAUGAUUUUGCCUUUUAACAAAACUUUAUCACCAUCACAUUUUCAUUGCUUUCUUGUUUUUUAGAGUGUUUUUUUUUUUUUGGAUCAUAUUCAGGCAUAUACAUAGUGAUAUGUUGGUAUAUCUUUACAGGGAAUGUGAGGAAAUAUAUUGAUUGGAAUCAAUCGAGCUCUAAGUGAUUUUUGUAUUAUUUCACAUCACGUUGAGUGAAUAUGUCUUCCGCUACUUGGGUUACUUCUCUGUCAUGUUCAAGCUCUGUGAUUGAAUCCUUCAAGGAGACAUCUACUCCUGUUAUAUUCCAAUGGCUGAGAUUCAUUUUCCUCUCGCCAUGUCCUCAGAGAGCUCUCUUCUCUGCUGUUGAUCUUUUGUUCUUGAUUACUCUCCUCUUCUUUGCGGCUCACAAGCUCUAUUCUAGAUUCUCAGGCAAUCCCCAUGGCCGCUCUGACAUCAACAAGCCUCUCAUAAGAAGCAACAGGGCCCUUUCCAGGACUUCCAUAUGGUUCAAACUCUCUUUGGUUGUAACGGUUGUCCUGGCGUUUUGUUACGCUAUUAUCUGCAUUCUUGCAUUUAGUAGAAGUAGCCAGGAGCGGUGGAAACAAUUUGAUGGAAUAUUUUGGUUAGUUCAAUCCUUAACUCAUGCGGUGAUUGCAAUCUUAAUCAUCCAUGAGAAGAGAUUUGAGGCUGUUAACCACCCUCUCUCUCUCCGAAUUUAUUGGAUGGCGAAUUUUAUCAUCAUUUCCUUGUUCACAACUUCUGGGAUCAUUCGUAUGGUGUCUGUUGAAACAAACCAGGAUCAGAAUUUCAGGUUGGAUGAUAUAGUUUCCCUUGUUUCUUUUCCAUUAUCAUUUCUUCUUCUUCUUGUUGCCAUUAGAGGUUCUACUGGUAUAACAGUGAGCAGAGAACCCGAACCAGCAAUGGAUGAAGAAGAAACCAAGUUGUAUGAACUGCUUUUGAGCAAAUCCAACGUAAGUGGCUUUGCUUCAGCCUCUGUAGUAUCAAAGGCCUUUUGGCUAUGGAUGAAUCCUCUGCUGAGAAAAGGUUACAAAUCCCCUCUCAAAAUGGAUGAAGUUCCAACUCUUUCACCAGAACAUAGGGCCGAGAAGAUGUCAAAGCUCUUUGAAAUGAAUUGGCCUACACCACAGGAAAAAUCAAAGCACCCUGUUCGAACUACAUUGCUACGGUGCUUUUGGAAGGAAGUUGCCUUUACUGCAUCCCUUGCAAUUGUGCGGCUCUGCGUUAUGUAUGUUGGUCCUGUUCUAAUCCAAGGUUUUGUUGAUUACACUGCUGGAAAAAGAAGCUCUCCUUAUGAAGGAUAUUACCUUAUAUUGAUUCUCCUUGCUGCUAAGUUUGUCGAAGUGUUGAGCACUCACCAAUUUAACUUUAAUUCUCAGAAACUUGGAAUGCUUAUUCGCUGCACUCUUAUCACUUCUCUAUACAAAAAAGGGUUGAGGUUAACCUGCUCUGCUCGUCAGGCUCAUGGGGUUGGACAGAUUGUGAAUUACAUGGCUGUUGACGCUCAACAGCUCUCUGAUAUGAUGUUACAGCUCCAUUCUAUUUGGUUGACUCCUUUGCAAGUUGCUGUCGCCUUGGUGCUCUUGUACAGGUACCUUGGCGCUUCAAUGAUCACGGGCGUGCUUGGCCUUCUUGGUGUUCUUGUCUUUGUGGUAAUGGGAACCAGAAGGAACAACCGUUUUCAAUUCAAUGUGAUGAAGAAUCGUGACUUGAGAAUGAAGGCAACGAAUGAGAUGCUUAAUUACAUGCGCGUUAUCAAGUUCCAGGCGUGGGAAGAACACUUUAACAAAAGAAUCCAAUCUUUCCGUGAAACAGAGUUUGGAUGGCUAAGCAAAUUCUUGUAUUCAAUCUCUGGAAAUAUCAUAGUAAUGUGGUCAACGCCAAUACUGAUAUCAACCCUCACAUUUGGGACUGCACUUUUAUUAGGUGUGAGGCUUGAUGCAGGGUUAGUGUUCACAACGACAACUAUCUUUAAGAUCUUGCAGGAGCCCAUCAGGACCUUCCCACAGUCCAUGAUCUCACUUUCUCAAGCAAUGAUUUCAUUGGGGAGAUUGGAUACUUACAUGAUGAGCAAAGAAUUGGUAGAUUCAUCAGUGGACAGACAGGAGGGUUGUGAUGGUAGAAUUGCUGUGGAAGUUAAAAAUGGGGUGUUUAGCUGGGAUGAUGAAAAUGGAGAGAAGGUUCUGAAAAAUAUAAAUUUAGAGGUCAAGAAAGGGGAGCUUACUGCUAUAGUAGGGACCGUGGGAUCUGGAAAGUCUUCUCUCCUGGCUUCAAUCCUUGGUGAGAUGCACAAAAUAUCAGGAAAGGUUAAGCUUUGUGGGACAACUGCCUAUGUAGCUCAAACUUCUUGGAUACAGAAUGGGACAAUUCAAGAGAACAUCCUAUUUGGUUUGCCGAUGAACAGGGAGAAGUAUAGGGAAGUUAUAAGGGUUUGUUGUUUGGAGAAAGACUUGGAAAUGAUGGAGUUUGGUGAUCAGACUGAAAUUGGAGAACGUGGAAUUAACCUCAGUGGUGGCCAGAAGCAACGAAUACAACUCGCCAGAGCUGUUUACCAGGAUUGUGACAUCUACCUUCUUGAUGACGUCUUUAGUGCUGUCGAUGCUCAUACAGGGACAGACAUAUUUAAGGAAUGUGUGAGAGGAGCUCUCAAAGAGAAGACUAUUUUGCUUGUAACUCAUCAAGUGGACUUCUUGCACAAUUUUGAUCUUAUCUUGGUGAUGCGAGAUGGGAUGAUAGUACAGUCAGGGAAGUAUGAUAAUUUACUUGACUCUGGCAUGGAUUUUGCAGCUCUGGUAGCGGCACAUGAAACAGCUAUGGAACUGGUAGAAGCAGGCAACACAAUGCUUGAUGAAAAUUGCCCCAAAACAUCCAAAUCUCCUCUGGGUGUUUCCAACCUUGGGGAAGAAAAUGGUGAAAAUAAGUCUCAAGACCACCCGAAAUCUGAUAAAGGGGAUUCUAGGUUAAUCAAAGAUGAAGAAAGAGAAACUGGUAAAGUCAGCUUGCAUGUUUAUAAAAUGUACUGCACUGAGGCUUUUGGCUGGUGGGGUGUGGCAGCAGUGUUGCUAUUAUCUCUGACAUGGCAAGGUUCUCUAAUGGCUAGUGAUUAUUGGCUGUCAUAUGAAACUUCAGCUGAAAAUGCUAUUUCAUUUAACCCAUCACUAUUUAUUUCUGUCUAUGCUAUCAUAGCAGCUGUGUCUCUUGUGUUAUUAGUGUUCCGGGCCUUUUUCGUUACACUUAUGGGACUCGAGACAGCCCAAAUCUUUUUCAGGCAAAUUCUUCAAAGCAUCUUGCAUGCUCCUAUGUCAUUUUUUGAUACCACACCUUCAGGAAGAAUUUUAAGUAGGGCAUCAACUGAUCAGACCAAUGUUGAUAUCUUUGUUCCUUUCAUUAUGGGGAUUACCAUUGCUUUGUACUUUACACUGCUCAGUAUCUUCAUAAUCACAUGUCAAUAUGCUUGGCCCACAAUAUUCCUGAUAAUUCCACUUGGUUGGCUGAAUUACUGGUAUCGGGGAUACUACCUUGCAUCAUCUCGUGAAUUAACUCGCCUUGACUCGAUCACUAAAGCUCCUGUCAUCCAUCAUUUCUCGGAAAGCAUCUCUGGAGUUAUGACAAUUCGAGCAUUCAGAAAGGAUGAUAGGUUUUGUCAGGAAAAUGUUUACAGAGUUAAUUCCAAUUUGCGCAUGGAUUUCCACAACAAUGGAUCCAAUGAGUGGUUGGGCUUCCGUCUGGAACUAAUUGGGAGUGUAGUUCUCUGCCUUUCUACCUUGUUUAUGAUCUUGUUACCUAGUAGCAUCGUCAGGCCAGAAAAUAUUGGGCUAUCUCUCUCAUAUGGGUUAUCCCUCAAUAGUGUAUUGUUCUGGGCCAUAUAUAUGAGCUGCUUUGUGGAAAAUAGGAUGGUUUCUGUUGAAAGAAUAAAGCAAUUUUCAAGUAUUCAGCCAGAAGCAGGGUGGCACAUUGAAGACCGUCUUCCCCCUCCAAAUUGGCCUGCCCACGGCAAUGUUGAGCUCAAAGACCUGCAGGUUAGAUACCGCCCAAGCACUCCUCUUGUACUUAAAGGCAUUUCUCUGAGCAUUAAUGGGGGUGAAAAGAUUGGUGUUGUUGGUCGGACAGGGAGUGGGAAGUCAACUUUAAUCCAAGUUUUCUUUAGACUGGUUGAACCAACAGGAGGGAAAAUAAUUAUUGAUGGUAUAGAUAUCUGCAAGCUUGGACUGCAUGAUCUUAGGUCACGCUUUGGGAUCAUCCCUCAAGAACCUGUCCUUUUUGAAGGAACUGUUAGAAGCAACAUUGAUCCCAUAGGACAGUUUUCAGAUGAAGAGAUAUGGAAGAGCCUUGAGCGCUGCCAACUUAAAGAUGUGGUGGCUUCAAAACCUGAUAAACUCGAUUCUUUGGUGGCUGAUAAUGGCGACAAUUGGAGCGUGGGGCAGAGGCAGCUUCUGUGUUUGGGGAGGGUUAUGCUUAAGCACAGCAGGCUUUUGUUCAUGGACGAGGCAACUGCAUCUGUUGAUUCACAAACUGAUGCUAUAAUCCAAAAGAUCAUCAGAGAGGACUUUGCAGCCUGCACGAUUAUCAGCAUUGCUCACAGAAUUCCCACAGUCAUGGACUGUGAUAGGGUUUUAGUCGUUGAUGCAGGAAGGGCAAAAGAAUUUGACAAACCAUCACGCUUGCUUGAGAGGCCAACAAUAUUUGCAGCAUUGGUUCAAGAAUACGCCAACCGCUCUUCGGGACUAUAACCAAAGACUCUGCUGGGCUAUGACCAAAUCUCCUGGAGGACUUGUGCUCAAGCUUGCCGGUGGCUAAAUUCGUUGGUGAAAAAUGACAACAUAUUUUUUAUGUGCCUAAAGUAAAAUCAAACCUCGCUUUCCCCUCAAGCGCUGGACUGUUUUCUUAUCUACUGCUUAUUAUUUACUUAGCAUACCUUCAUCUACAAUUUCCAAUCAAAAUUUAAUAAGAUGUAAUCUAUCUCUUUGGCUAGCAAUAUAAGCGUGUAGUUCAUUA